CUUUUACAGCUACUGAUAGCUGAUAAUAUUAUAAUCAUAAGUAUUAAGUAGGUUAAUUGUGAUUUUCUAUAAAAGUAGGUAACUAAUUCAUUUCAUUAAUUCCAGCCUUUGUCAACUCAUGUACAGUCUGGUAAAAUGUUAAAGAUGUUAAUCUUUAUGUUGUUGUUGAAUACUAACAAGUGCUAACUAAAGGACUCAACAAAACAACACUAUACACUCCUCAAACUAAAACCCUGUUAGUGCUACAAGACACUAUGAGGAAUCAGGUAAUAGUCUAAUGUACAGAGCAAUUGUCAAUUAAUUAUCAUUUCAAUUUUCUACAAAAUCAAAUUAAGAGUGCAGCAAUCAUGUGUGGCAUGCAUCUAAACAGUAGGAAUUUACUAGUGAAGUAUUUACACUAUCAUGUGCAGAUACAACUGCUCAUUCAAUACAUGGCUUGAAUUCCAGUUCUUGUCAAGCUCACGUACAGUUUAGUAAAAUGUCAAAGAUGUUCAUCUUUAUGUUGUUGUUGCUGUGUUUAAUAGUUACCAUUGAUGAAGGAGAAGGAUCUUAUUGUAUGGCUGAUUGUACUGGAUAUAAACAUGAACCAUCACUGUAUCUAAGAGUAUGCUGUAUCAUUAGUAACUUAGGACAGACUGUUACCAUUAGAGGAAUUGGUAAAACAAGAUACAUUCUGUGUCCUAAAGUACGACCAAAGUCAUGCCUAUCAGAUAAUAGAGACUGUAAGAGCUUGUUUGAGACUGGUAAUACUACUAGUGGUGUUUAUACUGUUAAUCCUGAUGGAGGGACUCCAUUUGAAGUAUACUGUGAUAUGAUUAGGAAGAUACCAAUAUAACUGGUAAUUUUCAAGGGGUAGCAUUAAAUAAUUUUUAGUGAUUGGUGGGUUCUAAGGAAUCAGUUAAGAGUCUAAUAAGGAGAGCAAUGGUCAUUGUGGUUAAUGCAUUUUUAUUGACAGGAUACCAAAAUAUAUUUAUAACUAGACGAAUGUAAACAUUAAGGGGCUCCACCCCCAGCUACACUAUCAUGAAGAUGAGAUUAUUUAACUUUAAAAAUAGUUAGAUGAUCCUAUACUGCCAGUACAUACUGACUCACUUCAUCAGUAUAGGGCUUUGCCUAAUUAACAGGAAUAGGAGCUUAGAAAUACUAUAAGGGAUCAGUUACAAGGCCUAAUGUAAACAAUUACUGUGUAACUAAGAAAUAAAAAAGUGGGAGGAAAUUUAAUAAAAAUUUCAAAUGUCAACAGUAGCCAUAAGAAGGUAGCUUUAAAUUCUGGUCCUUGUCAAACUCCCGUACAGUCUAGUAAAAGGUCAAAGAUGUUCAU